AUGCGCUCCGGAUGCCUCGGCUUUGGUCUGGAGUUUCUUGAUCAUCGUUGGCAUGCAAGCUACUAUAUGACUCAGCACACAUCGAGAAGCACGCCAAAGCUCUUGGGACACGAAGAAAUGCAAAAUAAUCGAUCAGCUCAAUUCAUUUUAGAGUUGUGUGGCCCUGCCUGCUCGAUACGGGGCUUGAAGCGAGGUCUUGGCGGCGGCGGAGCAUUGAAUCAGGACUUUACAUUGCUGCUGGACACUACUCAGAAUCGAUUUGUCUAUACACAUACUCAUACUGACUACAGCCGAGAUUCUCAUUACAAUCACAAGGCAAUCGAUCGAGAUCAUCAUUCUCUCAAGUCAUCGGAGGCGACUUCAUACAGCGAAUCAAAUGCUAGUCUCCAGUCAGACCCUCCGCGUAGGCAGCUUGCUGGCGCCUCCGCAGAGCUCGCUCUUCCUACUGUAUACUAUACCACAUUGAGAAGACCCGAGAUCGGAAACGUGGCUAAUCAGAUGAAGGAACGAUGCAGCCUGAGAAGGAGGCAGACAAAUGCCAAAUUUGCAAACCUGAGCAAGGACCCUAAGAAAGCCUCUGAACCAAAACCAUACAUUCAUUCGGUUCUUCAAGCUGCCUUUCAGAGACCUAGCGAAUUAUUUUCGAAUCCAAGCAUCUUCGCCUUGUGGUAUCGCCAACGCAGCUUGGUGAUGCUCUUCAGUCACUUGGGCUUGGGUAAGGGCGAAUGCAAUGCAAUGGUUUUCGAGAGAACCAUCAUUGUGAGCUCGAUGAUGCAGCGUGAGAAUAUUAAAACCUCAGGAUGUGAUCGUCUCUUGCUUCCUGAGAUUCACUACCUUAACGCAGUAGUACACCGCUUUCUCUGGCAGAAAGCUCCCACUACCAAUACCAGUUUUCAGAACUCGCGACGCUACCGAAACACUCUCAGUAGCAUCCCAUCGACCAUCACAACACCAGUUACCAUGAACGCCCUUUCUGAUCUCCUCGGAUCCAUGGGCAUGUCCGGACAGCAAAGUCAGUCCAACAGCCAGCAAGAUGGCCCUCAGUCACAGCCAUCUGACGGCAUCAUGACCUAUCCGCGUCGUCUACCGCACCACGAACUGUGGUUCAAAUGCCCUGACCUUGACCUCCUACCAAACAGCGAUUUUUUCGAGGACGUCUGGCUCCCAGACCCAGAAAACAUCGACCACAGACCGACACCAGAUCUCCAAGACUUUCAAAUGUACGAGUUUGACACCGACUGCUUCCACAUCAUGCAGCCUGAUCUUCCGAACGUCGACCUAAGCCAUUGCCAUCACCCAGAGGCAAUCGAGCUUUUCAACCACAUCGAUUCUCUCGCCAGCAACGUUGGCAAGACCAACAUCUCCGCCAUUCGCCAUGUCUUAGAUCUGGAAUUCAAGUAUCGAAUCAGACUCGAGACGCACAGCGAUGGCGAAACCAUGACCAGACAGACUGACAUUAGUCUCGCGGCGAUGAAAGAACUGCUGUCGAUCAAUCGACCUUGGGUACAGCUAUUCGGCGACUCUCUCUACCGUAAGUCUGCACACUCUUACCUCGCCGGGGCAACCAACCUCCUCGGAGGAGACAUUGUGCUCGCCGGCCAAGACGAAGAAUACUGCGCAGAGCGUUGGGCAACCAGAGAGCCACGAACCGCCAGCAAGCUUGUCAAACGCCUUCUCGUUGCAAGCGACAGCGACAUCGCUCGCCUGGACAACUUUGCCAACGGCAACUGCCAAGUCAAACUGCCGUGCGAUCAUGUCGUCGACAUGACACGCGAAGAGUACCUCCACACGGAUGAAAAUGCCUGGCUCAACAUGGCCUGCAACUCUUGCGGUAAGCGCGUCCUCGAAGCUGACGACAUUGCAGAGCAUGCCAUGAUCGAGAAGCUAGCCCAGUACGAAGAUCUGAUCGACGGUCAAGCCGACUGGGAAGACCUAGACUACCCAGUCCGAGAAGCACCACCUCAGCGCUUUUACAGCGAGGUCAUCUCAGCCGGUCUCUUCACAGCUGGACGAAGCUUCGAAGCACCAGAGAUCGUUGUCCCCAAGCUUCUGCAGCCCGUCAACUUCGAAGAGACAUCGACUGCAAUCAGCGCUCUUCAAGCAUGGCUCUCGCAGCAAGAGAAGGUCAUCUUUACAACGCCGCAAGAGCUUCGACAAGCAAUGGCAGUCAUUGUCAAAGGUGCCUUGCGAAGCACUUGUGUUCCUCCGGACGUGCCAUUCGUGCCAACACCGCCGGGCUGGUCUCGCUUCUUGGACAUGUGGCUCGAUCGAACGGUCAACUUCCUUGUCGAUCGUCGCUGUACCGUAGGCUACGAAGAACACCAGGGCGUUCACUUUCACGGCCAGAGCAUUUGCUGGGGCGAUCCUGCGGCAGAGUCUAUUCAGCGCAACAAGAUGAUCGAUGAUCUUGCCAAUAUGACUUUUUAA